CUCACUAGUGGGCUGGAUUGCAAGGGUGGAUCUCCAGGCUUUCGGAGCGGUGUAUUUCUGCCUGUCUAUCUUUAUAUCUGUGUGCUUUUAGCGGUCCCAUAGACGAGUUGGUUAAACCGUUAACCCAUUUGUUGAAAUUGCACACUGGAAAUUGACAUGCACCUCCAUCGGAAUAAAUAAUUGAGGAAUGUGGAAAUUACAGAAUGCCCAACAGCGUUGGAAAGAGAUUUAAACCCACCAAAUACAUCCCAGUCUCUACUGCUGCCACACUUCUUGUGGGGUCCACCACCUUAUUCUUCGUUUUCACGUGUCCCUGGCUGACGAAGGCGAUCUCCCCCGCGGUGCCUCUCUACAAUGGCCUCGUCUUCCUCUUUGUGCUGGCCAACUUCAGCAUGGCGACCUUCAUGGACCCCGGCGUCUUCCCCAGAGCGGACGAGGACGAGGACAAGGACGACGACUUCCGGGCGCCGCUCUACAAGAACGUGGAGAUCAAAGGCAUCCAGGUCCGCAUGAAGUGGUGCGCCACCUGUCACUUCUACAGACCCCCGCGCUGCUCCCACUGCAGCGUGUGUGACAACUGUGUCGAGGACUUCGAUCACCACUGCCCCUGGGUCAACAACUGCAUCGGCCGGCGGAACUAUCGCUACUUCUUCCUCUUCCUCCUCUCCCUCAGCAUCCACAUGGUGGGCGUGUUCGCCUUCGGCCUGCUGUUCGUGCUGCACCACGCCGAGCAACUGGGGACGCUGCACACCACCGUCACUCUGGUGGUGAUGUGUGUCACCGGGCUCUUCUUCAUUCCCGUCAUGGGUCUCACUGGCUUCCACAUGGUGCUGGUGGCAAGGGGGCGCACCACCAACGAGCAGGUGACUGGCAAGUUCCGCGGAGGAGUAAAUCCCUUCACGAGGGGUUGCUGUGGCAACGUGAAGUAUGUCUUGUGCAGUCCUCUGGCUCCCAGGUACACGGUGGACCCCCGUAAGAAGCCCCCCGUCUCCGUGCAGCCCCCCUUCCUCAGGCCUGACCUCUCCGACCGACUGGUCACCAUCAAGGUCAGCGAUAACGGCAUCCAUGGGAGCACCAUCAUCCGCUCCAAAUCCAAGAUCAGCCUGGAUGGACUGGAGGACAAGGAGCCCCAGCAGCCCCCGCUGCCCCCCAAGGCAGACCGCUACAACCAGCUGAAGAACCAGUUCACCUCCAGCGAAGAAAGUUCUCUGUCCGGUAAGACCCACCCCUCCACCCCAGCCAUGUACAAGUACCGCCCCUCCUUUGGCACCAUCCCUAAAGUUCACUACCACGCCGCUGACGAGAAGAUCGUGAUGCCCGACGACUGCAGGACGUCGGCCAUCUUGGAGGAGGGCGGCGGCACCCGCGGCCACGACUACCGCUCGGAGCCCAACCUGGACCUGCCAGACUACCGCAACGCUCCCCUCCACCGCACCUUCCAGUCCUCUCCCCUCCAGCUGGACUCCUACCCCACCACCUCGCGCUCCCUCAGCCUGAAGCAGGCACACCGCCGGGGGGGCGGGAAGGGCCAGCUCCCCUCCCUGCAGCCAGAGGCGGUCCCCUUCACCCCCUACAAGAGCGUCUUCUCCCCCAACACCAUGUCCAACCGCAACGGCAGCCUCUCCUACGACAGCCUCCUCGCCCCCAGUCUCUCCCAGGGGCCCGCCAGCACCGCCGCCGACUGUGUGACCCACCCGGGGAUGCCCUCCAUGGGCUUCCACUCACCCUACCUGCCCACCAAAAUGUGCCACAUCCGGGGGCCCGAACUGCAGAGGCAGCUGCCUCCCACCUACAGCCCGGUGCUGACAGCCAGAGGGCUGGGCAGGCAGUCCCCCCAUCCCAGGGACCCGUCCCCGGUGCGCUACGACAACCUCUCCAAGACCAUCAUGGCCUCCAUCCAGGAACGGAAGCAGAUGGAGGAGAGGGAGAAGCUGCAGGUGCUCCGAGGGCGUGCCCAGGCCCAGGCCUACGCCUCGGACUCGGGCAUGUUCGACAGCCCAGGAGGGUACGGCCUUCCCCAGGGCCCUUACUUCCCGGACGUGCCCCGCGGCCCCGGCUCCAGAGGCCAAACGCCCCCGGCCUACGGGGGGUCCCGGGACAACCUGAUGGGGGUGGGCUUGGUGGGCUACGGGCAGCGGACCCCCAUGCUGCGCUCGGGGGGCUCCACGCUGGGCCGGGCCCCCAGGACUUCCUCCACCUCCCUCCACACGGAGCACAGCAGCAGCAGCGGCCGAGGUCCCGAGCCCCUCUACCGCUCCCCGGCCCACCAGCCCCACCAGUCCCCCGCCAUGUCCCGCUCCCCCUCCUACACCCACCAGAAGGUCUCCUUCAUCAGCGCCCUGGAGAGGACUGACUCUCCCCGCCUGGGGGGCCCAAGAGAAGCCAUGAUGCAAAGUAAAGUCAAUGGCCAGAUGGACUGCCACCUAGGAGCUGCCCCCUGCAGUGUUCAAGGCCCCCCCCUCAGUCCUAGUCGUCACGGUAACGUCAAAAAGGUGACAGGUGUCGGCGGCACCACCUACGAGAUAUCUGUGUGAGAUGGGCGGGGCUAUCAAACCAGGAUGGAUGCUGGGUGGCCACUGUCAUGGCAACAGUCUCCAAGGUCAACAACCAUGCCACAGAAGGAGAAUUGUCUUCUUCCUUAUUUUGAUCAGCUAUUGACCAAUCAGGGAGGCAUAGCACUUCCUGCUUGGAGAUUAUUGUCCAAUCGGAGGCUGUCUCCGUUUUCACUGGCCUGGACUAAUUUUGGUGAUUGUAUGUGUGUCUGUACUGGAGGGGUCUGUUGUGAUUGUUGUGUUUCAUCAAACCUGAGGGCUUAUCUAUGUAAGGGUGUUUUGCUGUUGAUCCAUUUUGUGGCUUGUGGUAUUGAUCAUCAGUCAGUGUCAUCCCCACCUCUCAAUUCUGGUAAUUUGUUACAGCUGUUGAAGUUGUUGCUCUCACAAAGUACUUAGAGAGAAAGACCCACUUACGAAACACUAUUGAAUGACAUUCUAAAUGUACAUAACUCACACACACCUUGUUCCAUUCUUAUACUACAAAGCUAUGGAAAGCCACAUGCAAAUUGCUCUGAGUGAAGUUGGUCAAACUCUUAUAGAGUCCCGGUGCUUUACAUACUUCAUCUAACCAUGUCAAGAAAACAAUUUCAAAACAAAUACAAAACAAAUUUUGUAUUGUUUGGUCCUUCUUGUGUCUUCAUCCUGCCUGGGUGAGUUUGAGUUCGUUUACCGAAGGUUAGAUCUCCUUCACUUGUAUACAUAUAUGUAACAGAGUUACAGUCUAUACGUUACUGUAUACUGAAUAAUGUUGUCCAAUGUCCUCGUUAUGAAUAGGGAAGAUAAAAGGGAGCCACUCAGUCUGGCAUAAAACUGAGAGGUGGUUUUGGUUCCGGAACAUUCUAAAUACCUCAUUUAAAUUGGUACUUGUCCUGUUUAGUGCUUUACCAACAAGAUAGAAGCUCAGCCCCACACAGGCAACACACCUGUUUAUUUGUAUUUUGUUUAGCAGGUCACACUGUAAUUAUGUUCAGCCAUAUAGUUUAUCUUUGCGACAAUUCAUAUCAAGAGAAUGAAACCAGUGCAAACGCAGUCACUGACUGUAAUUAAAUGAAGUCAAACCGAUCACUCAUUGUUUAUUUUGUAGUUUUUUAUUGGUUUGUUUUUUUAUACCCAACCUUUAAAAUGUUUGAUACAUCUUGCUUUUUUAUACAGAUACUCAAGCUUGAAAUAGAUGUUUGUAUUUUGAGUGGAUUUUAGUUUUUUUCUUUUUUUUUAUGACGUAUAACUUAAAUAAAGGAACUAAUAAAUAAUAGAGCUGACACA